AUGUCUGUACCAUUAGUUGCCGCAAGCAGCUCGAUGUCUGAGAGUGACCAUGUUCUGGGACUGAGUUUAGCGCAUGGUCACCUUGUAACUGUUAGUGUAGAAGACACCGAGUGCAGUGUGUACUGCCGCUGGCCGGGCACGGAGUCCAUGGACGCAGUUAAGAAGGAGGUCAAGCUGAAUAUUCAACAUCUGCCACUUGAUCCUCCUCCAGAAGUCUGCGAAGCAACCGUUCGUGAAAGCUCGAGCCAACCCCGUGGUCGAGUCCAGCAGGCUAUUCAGGAAUUUUCAGAAGACAUCACCAAGAAAUUCACUAAGAAAUUCACUAAACGUUUCAAGCGUUCCCGCAACCGCAUUCCCGCGGUCCAGAACGACAACCGAGGGUCGUCCGGAGUACCUGCUUCGAAGGUUCUCGCCUCCCCUCCUGGUGCAGGGGAAACCCCUUGUCCCAAAUCAACUGAUGAUGAACUUCAGGGUGCCCACGAGGCUUUAGAACACAUGAGAACACUCGGUGGACCUGCGCAGUCUGUGACAUCUGCCGCCGACAAUGCUCCAGCAGGUCUCACUACUGCAGAUGAUUUCAACACCACGUACCUUCAGCCCCUGAAAAUUUUCGAUACUGUCAUUGAGAAGAUUGCAAAUGUGCAUCCGUACGCAAAGAUGUCGUUGGGCAUACUUUCUGCCGCAGCCAAAAUUAUUCUUGCCCAAGCGCAGCGCGACGAAUCAGUACAUCGCCUUUUCCAGAAAUUAGAUCAAGUUUAUGGCUUCAUUAUACAAGACGAUAAUCUUUUUAAGGUUGAAUCGAUGCGCGAUGUCGUCAGAAAGAUUGCUCAGCAGACUCUCGAGUGCGCCCGUUUCAUCAGAGAAUACUCAGAGACGAAGAGCUUCUGUGAGUCGUCAGGCUAUUGCAUUCGCAUAUUAAUCUUAUCCUUACUGUGA